CUCAAAUUAUUUUUAUUCGGAUUUCGUUUUUUCAGAAUUCGGAUCCUGUCCUACUGGAAAAGUCUUGAUUAACAAAAAAAAAGAAAUAUAGAAACCUAAACCGAGGUCUGGGCAACUGUCCUUGCACAAGCGUUAUCUGAGAAAAUAAACCGGCGAAGAAAAGCGGUGAAAUUUUAGAAAAUGGCAAUCACGGCGAGAAUCAGAGUGUAUUCUCUGCUGGUGAUGACACUGUUAAGCUUCGUUUCCGAUCUCUCUGCGCUAUCUGUCACCGUCAACGAAGUUGAAUGCGUGUACGAGUACGUUCUCUACGAAGGCGACACCAUUUCCGGCAACUUCGUCGUGGUUGAUCACGACAUCUUCUGGAACUCGGAUCACCCUGGCAUUGAUUUGAUCGUGACAUCACCUGGAGACAAUGUCGUUCACACAAUGAAGGGAACAUCUGGUGAUAAAUUUGAAUUUAAAGCCCCAAGAAGCGGGAUGUACAAAUUCUGUUUUCACAAUCCAUAUUCAACGCCAGAAACAGUGUCUUUCUACAUACAUGUUGGCCACAUUCCUAAUGAGCAUGACCUCGCCAAGGAUGAACACUUGGAUCCCAUUAAUGUCAAAAUUGCUGAACUGAGGGAAGCAUUGGAAUCAGUUACAUCUGAGCAGAAGUAUUUGAAAGCACGUGAUGCUCGCCAUCGUCAUACAAAUGAGAGCACAAGAAGGCGAGUCAUUUUCUACACGGUUGGAGAGUAUCUUUUGCUUGCUCUUGCUAGCUCACUUCAAGUUGCUUACAUUAGACGCUUGUUCAGCAAGUCAGUUGCCUACAACCGUGUUUGACCAAGUUUGCGUGAUCAUUGUUUCUCUUCAUACCUCCAAGAACUGCAUGCGCUGUUUCUUAGCAGGUUAUUCAGAGAAAAAGAACACACACCCCUCAAACAAAUAUUAACAUUGUAAUUGCUUGUUCUUCUAAAUGACUCAUCACCUUUUUAGGAUUAUUUAUGCAUUUAGUUUCAUAUUGAGUAUCUAUCUUGUGAGAAUCAGCUCCUUGUAAGAGUAGCAAUUUAUGUUAAGUUGGCUGUUGAUCCUUGAAGUUGAUUUAAAUAGUAACUUUUAGAGAAUGGGGACAAUGUU